AUGGCAAUAAAUAAAUGUUAUUUUAUAUCAUUAUUGAUGAUUAUAUUCAUAAUAAAUAAAACCAAUAGUCAAACAUUAUCAACUGUACCAUGUAAACCUGUAUUAAAUUAUUAUUUUAAAUAUUUAACUGAUCCACAUCCUGGUAUAUAUCGUUAUUUAUCCAUUCAAGCCACAUUUAUAUUACAAAAUAGAUAUGUUGGAUAUUAUAUUGGAUCUCUUAGUUAUGUUAAAUCAUCUGAUUCAUUAAAUGGUACAGUAACUGCAUCGUUUAGUGAUCGAACAUGGACUCCAUCAUGUGGUUUACUUUUUUGUCCGUAUCAACCUUUUAAUUAUAAAAAUACUGAUAAAGAAACUAUUGUAAUUAAUAGAUUAGGUUCUAUUCAAUAUAUAUUGAAUAGUUGGGGUAAUGCAAAAUUUCAAGAUCAACUACAAUGUUAUGGUAUAAAUAGACCACUUUAUACAGCGCCAGCAAAACAAUCACCAUCUAUGUUUGUAAUGACAUUGCAGAAGGAAGAAUAUGAAAUACCAAAAUAA